AGUUUUAGUUUUGAUCCCCACUUCUUCCGACGCACGUUAAAUUCCAUCAUCGUUAUAUCCGAGGUAUUAUUAACUAUUUAUCACUAUUCCGCUGAUUUUUCCAUUCACCAUUGAGCAACAAUUGGGUACGUUGGUUGGUGUCAAAGAUGUUGACAGGACAGAUGCCAAAGCUUGUUAACAAGCAAUUCAAUUCUCCUAUUAACCUGUAUUCACCGCAGGCUGUUCAGGAGACGUUGGAGAGACAGACAAAAAUAUUGGCGAAUGGUGCCAUCGGGAUUGAUUUUAAUCAACUGGCGAAACCGGCGAACUUGCAGAACAGUGCGGUCCUCAAAAUGUUGGAAGAGGAAGAGGCGAGGAAACGAAAUGGCGGACAACCGGGUCUGAAACGAGUGACGUGGCCUCCACCAGCAGGUGACGACGAAAUCGACUUCAUCGAGCAAUCACCAGUCCAGGCAAAGACCCGAGGAGUCGGUGAGUACGUGUCAUACGAGACGAGUCCCACAUCGGGCCCAUCACCACAGCCCCACAAUCUCACCUGUGCAUCACCACAAAUCUCCACUCCCUUAAGCCCUGGGGGUAUCCUCCGAACACCUCUGGCCUUUCAACACCAGGUACCACCGAAAUCCUGGGCACCUGUCACACCACCCGCCACCUCUCCAUUACCAGCGCAGAUAUCCUGGGGAUCGCCGCAAUCCCAUCAGCCAGUCUUCAAGAAAUCGGACUCGAUCGAGGCAACUCCUAGACAUCCGGCGCCCAUUUCUCAACCUCCACCGUCCAUCAUCACUUUGAGGCCCGAAUUACCGAUUUCUCAGGUACCAGCGCCAGUUUACCAGGCACAACCAGCAGCAACAAUGGCGCCAAUUAGUGGAAAUAUGAGGGGCGAUAUGAAGUGGCCACCGGCAUCGGUUAAGGCCCAGACGGAGGCGGAAAAUCGGGCCAGGGUGGAGUUGGCGAAGGGACCGAUUUUUCGGCCGCGUCGGGUAAACAAGGAUUACAGUGGAUUUUUUGCGCAACACGCACUCAAUAGUACUUACCCUGGGUACAGAGCACCACCUGGCACGCAAUACUUCACUCCAGCCUAUCAGCACUAAAUAAUUAAUAAUUAAUUAACCGAGAGGAAUGAGUUUACGAUGAUGAGGGGGAGAUCUACGAAAUCGUCGGGCCUUCAGGCGCCGAUAUCUCGGGAUCGGCUUAGUGGAUUUCGAUGAUUUUUAAUUCAUUUUGGAGAGAAUUUUCAUUGCUGCAAGUGAAUAAAAAAUUAUGGAAAUUCUAUCGUUGGGACUGGAGAUAUCGGGGAUUGAAAAUUUUCUUGGCACAUUUCCAGUGGAGAGCGGAAUAGAAAUGAACUUGUGACUGUGGAGGAAAUCCUCAGCUGUUUCCAGUCAUCGAGUUCCUGUGAUUAUUUGGGACAAUUCUUUAGAGACUGACUUCCUUUUCCCAAUUGAUGGCUUCUCAUGUGAUUUUGGAAUGAAGAAAUUCAGUCAAUAGCGCACGGGCGACACGUCGAUUUAAUUAACGCCUCUUUGAGGGAUAUCUCGGAGUCCAAGGGAGAUAAUUAAAUUUCUGUAAUAACCUUUUUUGUGGCUUUCAGGGGAACCUACAAAAACGAUCUUAUGUGAAAUUUCGGUAUCUCUACUGGAUCUAGAGGAAUUUCACAAAAAUUCUUCUAUCGAUCUGUUGACUCUUCGCUAAUGAAUUAUCAGUUACUAACGCUUGUUUAUUAUCACUCGUGAUCAAGAAUUUUUAAUGGAUUAAAUUCCUUCGAAAUUAAUGUAAAACUGUGCCUGAGCAUCAGCUGUGAGAUCUGGAGAAAAAUAUUGGACUGAGAACGAACGACGAUUCAUCGAAUACUGAGCGCGACUUACCUGUUAAAUGCUUUACUGUACAAAAUAUUUAACGACCGGGGGAUUUAAAUCUUGGUGUAUUUUUUUUAUAACUAUUCAACGAUAUUGUUACUAACAUUAGUGGAGAUGAAGGAGAUAUCAUUGAUGUAGAUGAAAUAAAUUAUUGAAAUCGUUGAACCUC